UCUCCGUGGUUUUAACUGUCAGUCAUUAGUGCUGUUUAAACAGUGUCGCUACAUUCAGAGUUAGAAACACUGUCAGAGUGUCUCAGAAUAAAACAAACAUCAGCAUGGAGUCAGAAAACGGAGUUACAGAGAGGAGCAGAGUGUGCUAACGAAGCUAACCUGGAAGCUAACGGCCGACUGUAACCGAGCAGCGGACACAUGGAGCAGUUCAACCCGCCGUCCCCGCUGAUACUUACCGGUAACCUGGCUGAAAACUGGCGCAGAUGGGAGCGGCGUUUUGGGCUGUAUAUAGUGUCCUCUGGAGCAAAUGAAGAGGAGGAGGAUGUGAAAAAAGCCAUUCUUCUUCACUCCAUAGGCGAGGAUGCUCGAGAGGUGUUCAACACACUGACAGUCAGCUCAGCGGGUGAAAAUGCAACGAUGGAGGAUAUUCUGGAGGCUUUUAGAGAAUACUGCAGCCCUCUGAGCAAAGGUGAGGACCAGAGGACAGGAGGGACGACUGUCGGCAGACUGAUGACAGAGAUACAAGAGAAAAUGAUCAGAGACACCCAACAGCUGGUGGUGAAAGAUGAAGAGGUUCUUCCUCAGCAGAUUGAAAGCAGCUCCAGUCCAGAACCAGCACACAUUAAAGAGGAACAGGAGGAACUGUGGAUCAGUCAAGAGAGGGAGCAGCUUCAGGGAGCAGAGGAGGCUGAUAUCAAUGUGUUCACUUUCCCUCUCCUUCCUGUGAAGACUGAAGAAGAGGAUGAAGGGAAACCUUGUAUCUCACAGCUUGGUAGAAACCAAAGUGGAGAGAGCAGAGACACGGAGCAUUUGAAAACAGAAGCUGAUGAAGAGGACUGUGGAGGAUCGGGAGAAGACGGAGACUUGAAUCCAGAGAGUCAUUUACGCCCAAAUACUCCUGACAAGACUUCUCAUCUUGCUGGAUCUGAGACUGAUGACAGUGCUGAAUGGGAGGAAAGGGAUGAAGUUCAGGACGACUUAAACCAUCUACAAAAUACAGACAGAGCUGUAGGUGAUAUGAAGUAUAGCACUGGACACACGUCAGUGAGCUCCUCUGAAUGUUCUCCAAGCUUUGGACUAAAGAAGUUACAGAAGAAGCAUGAAGGAGAGAAACAAUUCAUUUGUUCAUUUUGUGGUAAAAGAUACCUGUGUAUGAAAAAAUUCAAAGACCAUGUGCUACGUCAUUCAAGGGUAACACCUUUUAACUGUCCGGUUUGUCAGAAGAGUUUCAUCUGGAGAAAGGAGAUGGUGAGGCACAUGAGAGUCCACGCAGGAGGGAAACCAUUCACUUGCUUAAUUUGUGGUGACAGUUUUACUCGCCAUGAAAAUCUGAGAAGACACUCUGUUGUCCACACAGGGAGGAAACCUUUUAAGUGUUCAGUUUGUGGUAAAAGAUUUUCUCAAAGUGGAAGUCUCAGUAGACACUCUGUUGUCCACACAGGGGAGAAACGGUUUAAUUGUUUAGUGUGUGGUAAAACCUUUUCUCAACAUGAACAUCUGAGGGCACAUUCAGCUGUCCACACAGGAGAGAAACCAUUUAGCUGUUCAGUUUGUGGUAAAAAUUUUUCUCGACAUGGAAACCUGAGGGCACAUUCAGUGAUCCACUCAGGAGAGAAACCAUUUCGUUGUUCAGUUUGUGGGAGGAGUUUUUCUCGUCAUGAAAGUCUGAAAAGACACUCUGUGUUUCACACAGGGAAGCUGUGUCGAUGUUCAGUUUGUGGUAAAAAAUUUACUCAACGUGAACAUCUAAGGGCACAUUCAGGUGUCCACAAGAAGGAGAAACAGUAUACUUGUUCAGUCUGUGGUCAAAAAUUUACUCAACGUGAUGACCUGAGAGCACAUUCAGUCGUCCACAAAGAGGAGAAACAAUUAAGUUGUUCAGUUUGCGGCAAACAUUUUUUAUAUCCUGUUAAGCUGAGAACACACUUGGUUGUCCACACUGGGGAGAAACAAUUUAGUUGUUCAGUUUGCGGUAAAAGUUUUUCACAACAUGGAGGUUUGCGAAGACAUUCUGUUGUCCACACAGGAGAGAAACCCUUUCUUUGUUCAGUCUGUGGUAAAAGCUUUUCCCAGCACGAGAGUCUGAAAAGACACUCUGUGGUUCACACAGGAGAGAAACCAUUUUGUUGUUCAGUUUGUGGUAAAAGAUUUUCCCGACAUGGAGAUUUGACAAGACACUCUUUUGUCCACACAGAUAAGAAACCAUUUAGUUGCAGUGUUUGUGAUCGAACAUUCAAUCAACUUCAGUAUGUCAAGAAACACAAGUGUGUUGGUAAGAGCAGCAAAAAUGAAUGAGAUAUGAUUAGGCUCAUAAAAUGUGACCUUUAAAUGUGAUUUGGAAACUAAAUAACUCAAUGUUUUCUAAGAUUACAUGGGGUUGAUGAGCUCUGAGCAUUUAACCAGUCUCUGUUCUGUUAAUGUUUUAUUUUUAUA